CUGUAAACUAAUAUAAAAGUGUUUAGAUCACUAUUUUAGUUAUUUAUAAACGUUUUUAUAUUAGUUUGCGAAGGAAGUACUACCCAUCAUCCAGAUUAUUAUUACUAUUAAUUAAGAUAUUAUCAUCAUCAUCAUCGUCUAUGGAUUAACGUCCUGAUAAUCAUUGAACCCCAAAAGGUUGUUGUACAUACCAGGCACACAUCAACCAUCAUGCACGCGAAUCAUUGGCAGUGCAACAACAACCAAAAAAAGGGUUCGAGUUCCGUACGUGCAGCUCAGGGCCUAUUUACGAUGGAGACAGACAGACAGACAGGGUUUAGCUGCUCGCCUGCUAGCUAGUGAUUAACCUCCGAUGGUUAAUCCAGUUGCGCUAGCCAAUGAUCUCUGUCAGCUGUUGUAGCCGCUAGCUGCGUUGGCCCGACCAAAUAUGGGAGGCGGUUCCCUUAUAAAUGACGGGACCGGCCCCGUCGCCGGCCCCGUCGCCAUGGUUAGCUUAGCUAGCUACGUGCCUAGGCGACUCCCUCCCUUCUUUUGACCCUUCUUCUUCUUCCUCCCUCGGCUCGGCUAUAUAUACGCGGCAGCCACCUCUCACUUACCUAGCCAUCUUCAAUUCACCGGUAGAUUUCCAAAUCCCCAGCCCAUUUCAUACCUAGCGAGCUAGCUUGAGGCCUUGAGCGCGCGCGGGGGGAUGAUGAAGAUGUUCUUCGAGGAGGAGGAUGCGCCGCAGCCAGACGAGCAGCUAUGCAUUGAGGGGAUCUCAAGCCCCAUAGCUGCUCACAUACUUGAUUUCUGUGAUGACGGCCUGGGUGAUAACCUGCUUGCUGCAGUGACCUCUACCUCCGACCCGUUUGCAGCCUCCUCUGAGGAUGUUUCAUCCUCCUCCACUGCCACCCCUCCUCUCUGCAGCUACAGCGAUGACAUCCCGGAAAUGGCCUUCUCCCUGUUACCCUGCUUUGACUCUACUCUCUCAGCCCUACUUGAGGAAGAGCAAAACGCAUGUCCUGAUACCAAGCUCAUUCCCCCAAUCAAUGAGACACUUGCAGCACCAGGAUACUAUCAAGCUGCUAAUGGAGAGGUCAGCAUAGAGCAAUUCGGCCAACCACGGCUUCCCCAGAGCAUAGAUGAACCCUUGCUGGCAAUGCAAAUGAGCAGCACUGCGCCUAUCUCGAUGCCUCUUGCUCCAGGGUGUGAUGAAGAGUGCCUCACGGCGGCACUAACCAGAGGGUACAUGAGCCUGGAUAGUGCCCUGUAUCCACAAACAGGAGCAAUGAUCCCGAGUUACAACACAGAGGCAUCAAAAUUAGGAUUCUUCAAUGGUAGUGGUGGUAAUAGCAAUGGUAUGGUGGUGUUAGAUAUGAAUGACAUCGGCGAGUAUCAGAGGAUGAUAGAAGGUGAAGGACUGACCAGAACAUAUAGCGACACAGAUUCCAUGCAAGGGGCCUAUAGCAACACUGCAGAGAUUCAGAACGGGGGUAACAAUCAAGACCUGGUAAAUGGAUGCAACGGAAGCCCGCCAACAUUACCUCCAACAGAGGUCUCAGGUUUAGAUGAUUCCACCUUCAAAGUUGUGCGUCUUUCAGCUGAACAGAGGAAGGAAAAGAUCCACAGGUACAUAAAGAAAAGGAACGAGAGGAAUUUCAGCAAAAAAAUAAAGUAUGCUUGCAGAAAAACUUUAGCAGACAGCAGGCCCCGUGUCCGUGGAAGGUUUGCAAAGAAUGAGGAACUUUGUGAAGCAACAAGAUCAAGCUCCCAAAAUCAUGAUGAGUAUGGACAGAUUGCGGGUGCACAUGGAGAAGACAUGCUUGACACGUCCGAUAUCCUGGCACAUUUGAGUGGAAUAAACAACUACAGCUACAAGUAUAAUUAUACCAUUGAAUCAUGGAUAUGAUCACCACAACUGCACAAACUAAAGUCUGAGUUCUGUUUUCAGUUGUGCAACCAUAAUCCAUAGUUUCCCCUUGAUCCUAGUAAAAUAAGGCUACAGCUUUACAAGUUCUGUCACAGGAGAAGUGCUUUUAGUUCAAGUUAUUGUAGACCUGGUGUAUUGCAUCAAUCUGUUCUCACUUGAUGCCAUUCUUAACAGUGAGUGUGAUAGUUAGAGUCUCCAGAGCAGUGAUUUGUAAAUAGAAUUGUGACCUUGUCAGAAUAAACAGUAUCAAGAAUUCCCCAAACUAUUUGUCAU